UUCGCAGUAACAAUCGUACUAGCAUAAGCUACGUCUAGAACAAGAGCACACGAAUUCAAUCAACAUGGCCAAUCCUAGUAAUUGGCCAUCUCUUCUUAUGUUGGUCUUGGCCUUGUACGCCAUUGCUGCUCAUACAAGUGCUCAAUACACAUACUCUCCACCAUCACCACCACCGUACGUCUACAAUUCUCCAUCACCACCUCCUCCAUACGUCUACAACUCCCCACCACCUCCUCCAUAUAUUUACAAGUCCCCACCACCACCUCCUUAUGUCUAUAGCUCCCCACCACCUCCUCCAUAUGUAUACAAGUCUCCACCACCCCCGCUUUACGUCUAUAGCUCUCCACCACCUCCUCCAUAUGUUUACAAGUCCCCACCACCCCCGCCUUACGUCUAUAGCUCCCCACCACCUCCUCCAUAUGUUUACAAGUCCCCACCACCACCUCCUUACGUCUACAGCUCCCCACCACCUCCUCCGUAUGUUUACAAGUCUCCACCACCUCCUCCUUAUGUCUAUAGCUCUCCACCACCACUUCCAUAUGUUUACAAGUCUCCACCACCUCCUCCUCCUUAUGUCUACACUUCUCCACCACCACCUCCAUAUGUUUACAAGUCACCGCCACCUCCUCCUCCUUAUGUCUACACUUCUCCACCACCACCUCCAUAUGUUUACAAGUCACCACCACCUCCUCCUUACGUCUACAGUUCUCCUCCAUAUGUUUACAAGUCACCACCACCUCCUCCUUACGUCUACAGUUCUCCUCCAUAUGUUUACAAGCCACCACCACCUCCUCCUUACGUCUACAGUUCUCCUCCAUAUGUUUACAAGCCACCACCACCUCCUCCUUACGUCUACAGCUCUCCUCCAUAUGUUUACAAGCCACCACCACCUCCUCCUUACGUCUACAGCUCUCCUCCAUAUGUUUACAAGCCACCACCACCUCCUCCUUACGUCUACAGCUCUCCUCCAUAUGUUUACAAGCCACCACCACCUCCUCCUUACGUCUACAGCUCUCCUCCAUAUGUUUACAAGCCACCACCACCUCCUCCUUACGUCUACAGCUCUCCUCCAUAUGUUUACAAGCCACCACCACCUCCUCCUUACGUCUACAGCUCUCCUCCAUAUGUUUACAAGCCACCACCACCUCCUCCUUACGUCUACAGCUCUCCUCCAUAUGUUUACAAGCCACCACCACCUCCUCCUUACGUCUACAGCUCUCCUCCAUAUGUUUACAAGCCGCCACCUCCUCCUUACACGUACAGAUAUCCUCCAUAUGUUUACACUUCACCGCCACCUCCAAGCUAUAGUUAUAGCUCUCCCCAUCCUCCAAAAUACUAAACAACAAAAUACAUGAUAUAUUCGUUUAUCAGCCAUCAUAUUCUUGGAAUUAAUUAAUAUUUCCUUAAUAAAUUUUCAUAUAUGAAAUGUAUUUCUUUGGUUACAACGAAGUGCGUUUUUGUUGUUUGAUUGCUUCGUUUGAUGUUGUUUUACUCACUAAAAAUCCAUGUACUUGUUGUCCAUCGUUUAUUCUCUAAUGAACUCAAUGAAUCCUUUUAUUUUAAUAGAUUGAAAUAAAAAUC